UGAAACCCUCUCUCAUCUUGUGUGUCUCUGCCUAUAUAUAACAACAGCCAAUAACAUGAAGACCUCAAACUUUCUUUGUUAACUCUCGAGAACACAAAAAAAACAAGAACAAUAGGUACACCAAGGUUCCUAUAUUAUUCUUGGAAGGCAAGAAACAUGAAUCAACAAGAAGCUGCGAGUACACUUGGACUUGAUCUGAAACUAAAUAUACUGGAUUCAUCUUUGCCCAGAGAGAGCCCAGCUUCAUCGUUAUGCUCGGAAGAAACUGGAGGUGGAGGAGGAGAGGCUGUGCUUGUUGGUUGUCCUAACUGCAUCAUGUACAUCAUCAUGUCUUUGGAGAGUAACCCUAGAUGCCCUAGAUGCAACAGCCAAGUUUUACUUGAUUUUCUCACAGGAAACUGUAGCAAGAAGAGUAGUAAUUAAGAAAAAGCCAAUUAAAAAUGUUCUUUCCUUUUAUUUUUCUUUUCUUGUUCUGUUGCCACAUAUAUUGAUAGUUAAAAUUAUACGACGCAAGGAUGUGUUCAUAAAACAUAAAUAUAUAUAGACACAUUUGUUUUCCAGGAAUUGUAUUA